UUGCAAGUUAGUUACAUGGAAUGCGUUAAGAUGUCUGUAGAGAAAAGGAGCAGUGGGCGAUGUACAAAGCUCUAAACAAGACAAAAUCCACAGGGUCGACAGGGUAAGAGCUAGUCGUUUUUUCUACCUGCAUGGCGCAGCAAAUGGGAAUCGUUAAUUAGGCUCUAUCGUGAAAGUAAGGACGAAUAGGAGGCACUUCCUCCAAGAACUCAUUCACCUCUCAAGUCCGACCCUCUCUCAAGUUUCUUUUUGGACUUGUUAUCCACCUUUCAGUUCGUCAUGAGCAUCUCACCUGUACUGCUGGACCAUGGAUUUCACACGGUCGAAGAUUUCAAUAUCUCUUCAGCUCCACGUCGCGGGAAACAGGCGGUAUACGUGCAUCUGGAAGGGUUAGGAAAGCUGCCAAUGUGAACGGAAAGCGUGUCCACUUUACGUUACAGUGCAUGGCCUCUGGACAAAGUGCCAACGAUCAUGCACAAACCCCUCCGAAAGUGGAGUCUCAACGUGUUCCUGUGUUUCGGCAUCAUAUACCUCAGACUUGGGGCCCUAUCCUCGGUGGUGGCUCUGGGUGCCAACAUCAUCUGCAACAAGAUUCCCGGGCUGGCACCUCGCCAGCGGGCCAUCUGCCAGAGCCGCCCGGACGCCAUCAUUGUUGUGGGCGAAGGCGCCCAGAUGGGCAUCAAUGAGUGUCAGUACCAGUUCCGGUAUGGACGCUGGAACUGUUCGGCGCUGGGAGAAAGGACAGUCUUCGGUCAGGAGCUGCGAGUAGGCAGUCGGGAAGCAGCGUUCACCUACGCCAUCACAGCGGCGGGGGUGGCCCACGCCAUCACAGCAGCCUGUAGCCAGGGCAACCUCAGCCAGUGCGGCUGCGACCGGGAGAAGCAGGGCUACAACAACCAGGAGGAAGGCUGGAAGUGGGGUGGCUGCUCGGCCGACAUCAAGUACGGGAUCGAGUUCUCUCGCCGCUUCGUGGAUGCCCGUGAGAUUAAAAAGACGCCGCGCCGCCUGAUGAACUUGCAUAACAAUGAAGCAGGGAGAAAGGUACUAGAAGAAAGGAUGAAGCUAGAGUGCAAGUGCCACGGCGUCUCGGGCUCCUGCACCACCAAAACGUGUUGGACUACCCUUCCCAAGUUCCGAGAGAUUGGCUACCUACUCAAGGACAAGUACAACGAAGCCGUGCACGUGGAGGUGGUCCGGGCUAGCCGACUGCGCCAGCCCACCCACCUCAAGGUGAAGCAGACUCAGGGCUACCGCAAGCCCAUGGAGACAGACCUCGUCUACAUCGAGAGGUCGCCCAACUACUGCGAGGAGGACACAGCCACGGGGAGCGUGGGCACCCAGGGGCGCCUGUGCAACCGUACCUCGCCACAUACAGACGGCUGCGACCUCAUGUGCUGUGGGCGGGGCUACAAUACACACCAGUACACCAAAGUGUGGCAGUGCAACUGUAAGUUCCAAUGGUGCUGCUUUGUCAAGUGCAACACGUGCAGUGAGAGGACGGAGGUGUUUACCUGCAAAUAAGGACGCAAGGAACUCAGUGCCAGGAAGCGAGGCGCCAAGGACAAGCUGAAUGAGGAAGACUCGAACGAGCGAGAUAAAAGUGUGACGUGGACCAGUGAGAGAUUUUGAAAUAAAGGAAUGGAAUUUACACUACCAGCUCUUCAUGGCAUCGUUUUGCACAGCAGAAACUAUCUUAUUUCUUUUCAGAAAGUAAAUGCUAAAUAUCCGUAGGUAAUACCCCAGAACUUUACUGUUGCAUAGAGAUUGUGCUCAUGUACUGAUGUAUCCACAGUGAAGUUGGGACUACAGGUAAUGAAUGAGGCCGGUGUGAACUCUGGGAUUUGUAAUUGUUAAAUUCAUAGGAGACUCGGAGAGGAAACACAGUAACCUGGGAGUUGAUCAAAAUGACAGCAGCUGAUGCGGGGUGACUGGAACAGAUUCGUCAAGUCCUUGAUUGAAAACUUUUAAGGGUUUUGUCUUAUUUUCAAAAAAGGUGAAUCUUGACACGAAUGAACCCCCCAAAUUGGCUGGGGCUUAUGUUGGAGGUUUUGUAGACAUGAAGAACAUUUUGUAAGUAUGGUGCGUUGGGGUGCGCCAAAAUCUGAGUGGAGAACUCUGUUAAACCCUCUGCUGCCAACUGGAAUAUGGUGGAGUAUGUUAGUUUUCCAGUCACACUGGAACUGUCUGUUCUGAACACUGAAAAUAAAUUGUUUAUUUAUGUUAUAGUAUCUUAAAACGAAGCACUAACGGGUAGAGAUGUCUUUUUUUGUACUAAGUUUAAAGAAAAAUACCUUUUUAGAAACUCUGACUGAAAAUGUGUGUCUAUUAGAAAAUGACCCCCCAAUCCCUAAAACACUUUAUAUUUUCUUUAAAAAAAGAAAGAAAAAGGUUUCAUUGCUACUGGUGUGUUGUCAACAAAAACGUCAUUACAGUGUGUUUCACAUUCGAAAACCUUGGUUCUUUUUUAUUGUAGCAAACUUUGUUUGUAGUCCUUUCCCCCCCAAGCAGUAAUAUAUAUUUGGAUGCUUUUGCAAUUUCAGUUGAUAGACAGUAUAGCAAGAAAACUCCUUUAACUGCAGAGAUCCUUCCUCAAUCUAUUAAACACAAAGCUGACAUGUUGCUGGAUGUGUUGUUGAGUGCUGCACUGAUAUUUUCUACUCAGAUACGACUCAUGAGAACUAAAUAAACUCCCAUUUGACUCAGUUUGGCAGUUUAUUGAUAAAAUAUUGGUUGGAGUUGAACCAGUCUACCUUUAACUUAAAGGGAUAUACGGAAAGUGUAUUUCAAAGUGUGAUUAGUUGAAUGAUAAUUAAUUACAACAACCCACCCAUGCAUAUUAUAGCAGAGAUAUCAAAACCCAAAGAUGUUGAGCCUGCUAUGCUGCCGGAAGAUCAUUUAUAGUUAAAAGUAUCCACUUUUUCUCUUAACACAAUGCUUGGUCUGAUGGUUGUCACUCAUAUUUGUUCUGCUUAAAGGAUAAUUCCACUUUGUUACAAUUUGUUUUCAAAGUUUUGGAGCCUAUAUUCAUCAGUUAGCCCAUACUCACCAAAUGCUUCUGUGAAUAUGGUGAUACAACGAUGUAGGUUUCAACACUACAGCAAGUACAGUGGGUCAAAGCUUAAGCAGUCAACUGUUGCCUUUGUUCUCUCUUUGAAAUGACUUUGGAAAACCUCCUUUUUCAGUGAUGUCUCUUCCUUCUUUGAUCAUUGAUAUUAACUUUGAAGUACAAUGUUAUCUUAAUGGAUUGGAAUGAGGGCCAAACCAAUAAAUAAAAAAAAUAGCUAGCUGCUCCAAUUAUUUCCUGAUAGACAACAGUACCUGUGUGGGGUGUCUCCGCUGGUUUCUGGUGAUAACAAGGCGCUCCUUGAUGUUGUAUUCUGAGGCAUGUUAACAGCAUAUAACUCCCUGUAAAACCACAAAUCAUUAUUCAGUUGAAUUUGGGUAAUUGUCAAGCUACAGUAGCUCUUUCACAAUGCUAAGCUAAUUGUCUUGUGACUAGCUCCAAACUUGACACACAGACAUGAGAGUGGUAUCAAUCUUUUAAACUAACUCUCAACAAGAAGGUAAAUAAUGGAUUUCACAAUAUUUCACAUGAUUCCUUUAAUAAAUGCAGUAUAAACAAUGCUAAAUAUACCAUAGUCUUUAGGCUGUGUAUGUUUAGUGGUUUAUAAUGACUUUUUGUUUCAUUGACAAAUUCAUGUUUUUCUAUUCAACUUUAAUCUAUAUUACCAUAUUUGUCAAGGUCAUGUGAGGUUGAUGGACUAAACAGGCCAGUUUAUGUCUUGGUUAUUAUUUUUUGAUGAAUGGGUUUAGAUAUGUUUUAUAACCUUUGCACAUUAAUAAUUACCAGACAUUUUAGAGGUUUAGCGACAGGCGCUAGUCUUGCAUUUUGCAUGAUUAGCAUUUUGUAUGUUCAUCGGUCUUUAACUUAUUUUAUUUCAGUAUGGUCGUUACUCAAAUGGCUCAAACACAAUUGUCAUAUAUAUAGAUUUACAUAUUUACUCAGUAACUUAUUAAUAUAACAUAUCUAACAUAUACUGUUGCCUUGUUCUGAUAUAUUGCCUGCAAAAAGAAAGCUGAUGUGUCUUUAAUGUAUUGAUAAUCUGUACUAUGACACAUACAAGAAAGUGUACCGCUGAACGCUUAGUAAGGAAUCCACAUUUUUCAUUUGAUUGUUCAGCGCAUGUUGGUACAAGAAUGUUUCCGCUCAGUGUUCGCUUGCCCAUAUUGACUGUUCUAACAACCAUCCAAAGCUAUUAUUUUCAUAAAUUAUCCUUCCAUAAAGACAGAAAAACAUAUUAAA